GGAAAUAGGGGCUGUUUGGAGUAUUUCGUGCGUGUUUGUUUGCUGCUUUUUCGGAGCGCCUGCAAACGGCGCUUUGCGAGGACGCAGCCUGUCAUUUGCGCGCUUGGGGAGGGGGGGGAGAGACACCCCUCCUCUCCCCAUUGCUUCUCUCCUCUCCUCCCCUUCCUUCUCUUUUCUUUUUCCUGGGCUGGGCUGGAAGUGGGAAGCUGAGCCGCGCUCGCUUCGCGGGGUCUCUUGCGGGGAAACUUCGGAGCCAAAGAGGCCUCCCAUCCAUUUGCUACACUUCCAGUACUCCUGCCCAGAUACUGGAAGAAACUGGCUGCCUUUACACAGAUCCUCAGCUGUUUGGCAGCAGGCGGGAUGGUUCACCGUUAAUGAUAGACUUUGUCAGCGAUACUGAAACUGAAGACCCCCCUUGCAACUUCCACCCCCCGAGCUUCCUCCAGGUUUCAGAGGUGGAAAUGAGAGGUUCGGAGGACGUUGCCCCUGGCACUGUGUUACAGCGGUUGAUCCAGGAGCUGCGCUAUGGCAACCCGAGCGAGAACAUGAACCUGCUGGCCAUCCAGCACCAGGCCACAGGGAGCGCGGGACCAUCCAACCUCACUGCCAGCACGCUGCUUUCUUCUUCCACGGAAAACCUGGUGCCCGAAGACCCACAAAUGGUCCAGCAGUCAGCCCGGCAGGAACCACAGGGCCAGGAGCAUCAAGGGGACAGCACUGCGAUGGAGAAGCAGCCCAGGGGCGCCCAGCCUCAGCAGAACAAUGAAGAGCUGCCAACUUACGAAGAGGCCAAAGCCCAGUCUCAGUUUUUCAGGGGCCAGCAGCCCAGCAGCACCGCUGGGGCAGGUUUUUACAUGGCUGGAACCUCCUGCCCGAAAUCCAGAACGGAAGGGAGGCCGACAUUGGCCCGAGCCAACAGCGGGCAGGCGCACAAAGACGAGGCCCUCAAGGAACUGAAGCAAGGCCACGUGCGAUACCUUAGCGAGAGGAUCAUGCAGUUGUCGCUGGAGAGGAACGGCACGAAACAGCAUCCACCUGCCUUGGGGAGAAGCAAAGGGUUCAAAGCGGGAGGGCCGUCCCCUCCUCAGUCCACCAGCAAAGGUGUGGAUCCAAGGGGCCCGCCGCCGGACUACCCGUACAAAAGCAAGCAGGUGGUCUCUCCAGUGAGCAAAGCUCAGGAGCACGGGAUGUUUUUUAACGACCAGCAUUCUGGAGUCCUCCAGGAAGUGGUGAUGCCCUCCUAUUCAGCACCCCAGGCAGCGAGGAGCGACGUAGCUGUUGUCCGUUAUCAGCCUCCCCCAGAGUAUAGCCUGACUAGCCGUCAGUGCCAGUCAUCUUUUCCAACCCUGCAACAGCAGCACAGCCCGAUGUCCUCACAGGCCUCCUCUCUUACUGGCCCACUGCACUCUGCCUCUUUGCCGCCCCUCUCGAUGGCCAUGGCGUCUCAGUCCCUGCCUGCAACUCCGCCGAGCCAGCAGCAGGAGCAGCCGCUCCCACCAGAUGCCUUCACUAUAGUCCAGCGAGCCCAGCAGAUGGUGGAGAUGCUCUCCGACGACAACGAGGCCCUGCAGAAGGAGCUGGAGGGCUACUAUGAGAAAGCAGAUAAACUCCAGAAGUUUGAAAUAGAAAUCCAGAGGAUUUCAGAAGCCUAUGAGGACUUGGUGAAGACCACCACCAAGAGGGAAUCGCUGGACAAGGCAAUGCGUAACAAGCUGGAAAGCGAAAUCAGGCGUCUCCAUGAUUUCAACCGGGCCUUACGUGAGCGAUUGGAGGCUGCCAACAGGCAGCUAGCCAGCAGAGAGUUUGAUGGGAACGAAGAUAAGGCAACAGAGGGUCUUUAUGCCUCUCAGAACAAAGAACAUUUGAAAGAGAAAGAGAAGCUGGAAAUGGACUUGGCAGCCCUGCGCUUGACCAGCGAGGAGCAGCGAAGGCACAUCGAAAUCCUGGACCAGGCGCUCAACGGUGCACAAGCCAAAGUCGUCAAGCUAGAAGAGGAGCUGUGCAAGAAGCAAGCUCACGUCGAGAAGGUGGAGAAGCUUCAGCAGGCCUUGACCCAGCUGCAGGCAGCCUAUGAGAAACGGGAGCAGAUGGAGCGCCGCCUGCGCACCAGGCUGGAGAGAGAGCUGGAAUCCCUGAGGAUGCAGCAGCGGCAAGGGAGCUACCAGUCAGCCCCACUGCCAGAGUACAACGUCCCUGCGUUAAUGGAACUGGUGCGUGAGAAGGAGGAGAGGAUUCUGGCUCUGGAAGCCGACAUGACCAAGUGGGAGCAGAAGUACCUCGAAGAGAGCGCCAUUCGGCAUUUUACCAUGAACGCCGCGGCGGCAACUUCCAUGGAAAAGGAUGCCUCAGCCAUUAAUCACUCGCGGAACGGGAGCUACAGUGAAAGCUCCCUGGAGGUCCGCAUGUGGCAGGAGGAAGAAGAGAUUUUGCAAGCCAACCGACGGUGUCAGGACAUGGAAUACACGAUAAAGAACCUGCAUGCAAAAAUCAUAGAGAAAGAUGCCAUGAUCAAAGUGCUUCAGCAGCGGUCCAGGAAGGACCUUGGCAAAACUGAUGCUUCAAGCUUGCGACCUGCUCGGUCGGUCCCAUCCAUUGCUGCAGCCACUGGAACUCAUUCCCGCCAGACGUCCCUCACCAGCAACCAGGUGACCGAGGAGAAGAAAGAAGACAAGACUUGGAAAGGGAGCAUAGGAUUGCUCUUAGGGAAGGAGACCCAGGACCAGUCGCCCAUCCCUUUGUUGCCACCUCCACCUCCUGCCACACUGUCUUCUGGAAUGUCCUCGUGGCCGGUGACUGUCUGCCACACUAAGACGGGGAGCAAAGACAGCAGCACUCAGACGGACAAAGCCUCUGAACUUUUCUGGCCAAACUCUGCCUCUUUUCCGGGCAGAGGGAAGUUGACUAACACCCCAGGGGGCAGCCCAGCCCUCAGGCACACUGCAGGCAGAGGCGUUGGAGAGAGACCGGAGAACUCUCCCAGCCAUGGCAAGCUACCGGACAGCAGCAAAGGCGGCAGGGUCAGCAGCCUGCUUCACAAACCUGAAUUCCCAGAUCCAGACAUGAUGGAAGUCCUUAUCUGAAGCUACAGUUCUCAGGUGCUGCCUUUUCCCCUGCUGGUGCACACAGCCCCCUGAAGGAGGGUGCUGCCGUCGUUGGCACUGUUGCUGCUGCUGCCGUGCAAAACUCGAGAGCUCUGGAGAAUGGUACAAAACCGGACCAAAGAAGUUUAAAUCUAGACGGCAAACGAGACUUUUAAGCAAAGCACAGAGCAUGUGAGACGUUGGAGAUGGGACAUUUGGGAUACCUGCUACGUACAAUCAUAAAAAAAAUUUACAUUGGCUAAUGAGAUGUGGAUUUGAAAGAGCGACGGCAAAAGCAAGACAUGGGCAACUGCAUUUUCUGUCGGGGGUGGGGGGGGAGAACUUUGGAAGGCACAGUCAGCAUGCCGAGGACAAUUCUGCAACCACCAAGUUAGUGGUGGUUGCUUUUUAAAUCACCUGCUAGCUCUAGCUAACCAGAGCAGCCACAUUCCCUCUGUGAAAUGUUUUGUGCAAUGUGCACCCCUGGGACGAGGGAGCAGGACUUCCCUAUAUUUAGACAUCAUCCCACUGCCUUCUUCCUGCUGUUUUUGUUUUAAUCUCCCUCCCACCCACCUUUAGAGAGAGAGAGAGAGAGAGAGAGAGAGAUGGUUAAAAACAGGGUGCGGAACAACGUGCCCUUCUGAUAAAUUUUCGCAACUCUUCGCCUCUAUUUAAUAUUUAUUGAGGAACGACAGCAUGCGGUUGCCAUCACAGAAGCAGCAGGGUCCUUCCUUGCUAAGAGGGCUUAGAACAUGGGUAGCUGAUGGGGGGCUCUCCAGAUGUGCUUGGAUUAGAGCUCUCUUUCGCCCCAGCUAAGAGCCAGGAUUGAGCUGUAGCCCUGUAACAUCUGAAGAGCACAACGUUGGCUGCCACUGGCUUCAAAUCUAAUGUUAUCUCACGCAUUACAGGUGAGACUUAGUUACCUCUUUCCAGUAGUAGUAGUAAUAAUAAUUUUAUUAUUUAUACCCCCCCCCCCUCUGACUGGGUUUCCCCAGCCACUCUGGGCGGCUGGGUUGUUCUGCUGGGGCAAGAAACCUACCAGCCAAACAAAAAUAGUCAUUAAAAAGCACCUUAAAACCUGAUUUGUGGUCUCAUAAACUUUCAUGGGCUUAGAGUUUCGAGCAGGGGAUGUUCCCAGCUCUGCCUGGAGAUAUUGAGGAAUUGACCUUGGGAACUUUCUGCUUUAUCGCUGAACUACGGCUCUCCCUUGUCAAAUACAGGCAUGGAAUCCUAUGUAACACCAUCAUAGGAAGCUGCCUAGAUGUCUGGGUGGUUUCAAGUAGACCAGCAAGGAUUUUUCAUUCCCGCUUGUUUAAGAACGGCAGCAGAAAAUGCCCCCUCCCCAUUAUACUGCUGAAAUUAAGAAAACUGGGCGAGGGGGAGCAAGAGGUAACCAGCAGAAUGUGCUUGGGGUGUGUGAGUUCAGUUCUCAGAACAGAAUUCCCAGACUCGGAAACCUUUAAGUGUAAAUGUACGCCUUUUGCACCAGUUGCGGUUGGCGGGUCUCAGGAUUCUUGUAUAAAAACAAAGUUAGUCCCACAGUCCUGAGGUCUGCCCACUGCUGCUAUAAACAGCUUCGCUUCAGUGUCCCUUUUCCUAGGUUUUCUGCUAGUUUUCCAAAACUGUUCGAUGUGUGGCCGUGCAUGUUUUGCAAGGGCCAUAAGCUUUGCUCUUCCGUCUCGUGCAGGUUCUGUGAAAUGCUGAGCCGUUUAGCAGUGCUUUGUCUUUUAAACCAACCACCAAGCUCUUAACCCUAACUCUUAGAGAUUCAAACAGUGGUAAUUGCCAUCUGCUUUGUGCAUUUAUCCCAACCAGCAAGGGUGACUGCAGGAAGCCACCUAGGUUGCCCUGUGGUCUUUGUUGAAAGGCCAAGUGGAAACGGAGCAUAAUACAUACUCUUCCCAUGUGUGAUUCCUGGCAAAUGGAGGGCACAGCAAUAGCCAUCAUGACUAGUAACCACUGAUAGACUUGCAGCAAGAAGACAUAGACAAGCUCAGCCUCCUAUGUCAUACAUGCUUGGCUCAGCAACACUUAGCAAGUGGGAUCCAAACGUAAGUUUCACUUAGUUCCUGUUGGAAAUCAGUGGGACAACUUUCCAUGUUGGAUUUCAGUGGGACCCGAAGUUCAGCUAACUAACCUGUUAAGUUUUUGCAUUUUCACACAGGAUUGCUAUGGAUUUAUACUUGGCCAACAGGGUUUUGUGUGUCGUUGUUGGUCUGGGGAGGUGGCUGGGGAUGUGCAUUUGCACCCGCGUCAUUAGGGAAUAGGGAUAGGGAAUGAGCACCCCUGUCCCCACCGUACCAUGCCAAUAGGGAUUGCAUUGGGUGUCGUUAGUUUUCCCCCCCCAUUGGUCAGUUGCUGCUGUGCUGUACUCUUUUUUUCUGAAUGAACAAUUCAGUGAGCUUCUGUACAGUGCUAGCAACUAUUUGUCCCAAGAAACAUCUCCGUAUUAACUCCCAAUUCAUACCUCUUGAUGAGGCGUUAUGCGCAGAUAAGCCUCCCAGAGCCUGUAGAGGCUGUCAGCCCUCAAAACAACUGUAAACAGCAGCACCUUGAAAUUACACACACACUUCUCCAUGCCCUACCCGUCAGACAAGGAGAGAGCCUUGCUGCCUUUUGCUGGAAAGAAAUCAAGGGCUUUCCUUGUUCCCUCUAGCACAGGGAUGAAGAACCUGUGACCUUUCAGAUGUUCUUAGACUCCAUCUCCCAUUGGCCCUAGCCAAUGGGGCCAGUGUUUUGGUAUGAUGGGACUUGUUGUCUUUCAACAUCUGGAGGGUUACAGGCUCCCUACCCAUGCAUGGUGCUGCAUUCCACAAGAGUGAACAGGCAGCACCAGGGACUCAGUUUGCAUGGGUAGGGCAUGGGGAGAACUGGAAAGGCAUGGCUGGCUGGCAGUUUGGUGGAGCUACUACAGUCACUUGGAGGCUACUUCAGCUUCUCACUUGUUAUUACGGAGCAAACGCAGGAACCAAGGCUGUAUGUGACAUAGUUUGCCCGUUGUGCUGGUCCCGAGGUGCAGUUUUAGGAGAAUCCUCCUGCAGUUUCCUCCUCCUGUAUAUCUAUAUUGAUGUGCCUUUGUACUUGUAGCAUUCAGUUAAGCACCACUUACAGCAACACCCCAAGGGUAAAUUUACAGUGUAAAUGAUGCUUGCGUUUGGCAGGCAACUUUCUGCAGAUGAACUCCGUAUAUAUAUUUGAAAAUUUACAGCCCAAAGGAUCAGGAAAGUCUAUGCUUGCUUCUCUAGUUGUGCUUGGAUGUUUUAAUGCAAAAAAGAGAGGUUUUCUAGAGCACCCCAUGUUAGAGCAGAGUGUAUGUGGAAUACUGCUGUUAUGACUAAAGUGGUGGCUUAACCUUUAGCAAAAACGUUUCUGCCCCUCCUCGAACACCUUGGCUUGUGUGUUACAGUAUUGUGCUGUGUGACAUUUGUGUUGUAUCAAUAUUACAGGUAAACGGGUUGUAAGAUAACGUCAGAUCGCUUCCCUCCCCCUUCCCCCAGUUGUCCUUCUGUUGUACAGAAUGGCUGGUGUAGAGCAUCGUUCAGCUGGAGUGUGUUUGUACAUAUAUGGGGCAGGGAAGGAUCGAGGAGUUUAUACACCUCCCACGAGAAAUACUGAUGGCCUUGGGCCUGCCAAAGAUUUUUGACCUCUGCUGCUUAAAUUUGUGCCUUAAUAUUGUAUAUAAUAAACGUAUACAGUAGUGCGCCC